AUGGCUACAUCUCUUGUGUCACUCAGUGCUACUGAUGUUGAAGCUGACCGGAGGCAGAGUCUGAAGACCCUAAAGUCUCAUCUUGAGACUCUUUUAGAUCCAGAAUUACCACCGAUAAAUCCACAUUCGAGUGCUAUUGACGUAGCUAUUACAAUCGGGCCAGUGCAGGUUCAUGAUUUGGUUGAUACAACCCAAGUUCUCACACUGGGAGCCAAUGUGAUAAUGCAUUGGAAAGAUAUGGCUCUAGUUUGGAAUACAUCUGACUAUUCGGACAUCAGUAAAAUAGAGAUAUCUCCAGACAAGGUAUGGCAGCCUAAUGUGGUUUUGGCGAACAAGGCUUUUGAUGACGGUCCCUUACGGACCACAAUGCCCAUUCAGUUGACAAGUGACGGCUCACUGUCUUGGCACAAUGUCAUGACGAUUUCAGUGAUAUGCAAGACCUUCCUCUCAAGAUAUCCAUUUGAUAGCCAGAUUUGUCCAAUGACAUUUACCCCAGGAAUGGGAUAUGACAUAAUCCUGCAUCCAUUCGUCAAUUUUUUAACUCAUGGUUUGAAGGUAGACACUAAUGGAGAGUGGGAGACUGUCAACGUUACGUCCUCAACAUCAACCUUUGCCAAUGGAGGUACAUUCCAGGGUGCAAUAUUCUACGUUCAUCUGUCCAGAAAAUACUUAUUCCACAUCUUGAACCUGGUUUUCCCAAUGUGCCUACUGUCUUUCCUGAACAGCUUCGUUUUCCUUCUGCCUGCUAGCUCGGGGGAGAAGAUGGGCUUUCUCAUGGCUGUGUUUGUGUCAAACGCACUGUUCCUCAAUCUGAUCCACGAUUCCAUGCCGUCAACGUCUGAUACAGUUUCUAACCUCUCUCUCUACCUCGUCGCAAUCCAAAUCGAAGGUUUUCUCGCCGUCGCUGCCACCAUCUUGGUACAGAACGUUUACCACUGCCAGAUGAACAGGAAGGAGAGCGGUGCAAAGAUAACACAGGUUGUGCCUCAGGAUUGCCUCCAGAAUGCCAUGGCUAGACCUAUCACUGCUGAGACCCCUACCGUGCAUACGGAUCGCAAACAUGGGGAGACAAUGAAUUACUCAAAAAAGAGAAUCCCUUCACUGGACAGAAAGCUGGAUUGUGUUUUCUUUGUAUGUUUCACUGUUUUCGCCAUUGUGGGCUUAUUGUGUCUCAUUUUUGGAUAA